GACAUUAGGACCGCGCAGACUCUACGGCUGGAGCGUUAUAUUACUCCAGUAUACAUUCCCCAAACAACGGGGAACUGGGGGAUCGACAAGGAGAUUAUCUUACCGACGACUUUUUGCACUUUGGAUUCAAGGGAACCGGUGUGGAUGGAGUUAAAGAAUCCCUUUACUCAACCCGCACAUUUUACCCACUUGAAUCAUAUCUUCUCUGGCCGCAGAAAGUGUGUGGCUCACUUUUUGGUUUUCCCGUGGAGGAGGACCCUCUGUUGAUCCCUCUGUGCGCCCUCUCGGUUCUCCAUUCGCCAGACGCGGAGCAGAGCCGCAUCACCAUCAUCAUCAGCGCUCGCGCUGUCUCUGUGUCUCUGCUCGUGCAGUCAGGACCCGUGUGCCCUGCUAUCCCACCACCAUGAAUUCGGAUAUUAACAUGUACUUGGGGCGGGAGAAAACGGGGAUAAUGCGAAAGAGAGCCCUGCUACUCAGGAAAGGCUGCAGUUUCGAAAUAACGAGCUCAGCAUCAGAGGAUCUUGGAUGCAGGAGAGGAGAGUUCAGCCGGAAACACUAUGGAUCAGUUGAACUGCUCAUCUCCAGUGAUGCAGACGGGGCCAUACAGAGAGCUGGGAGAUUCAGAGUGGAGAAUGGUUCAAUAGAUGAGACCUCUGACUACACGCCUGGAACAUGGAGGAGAACUGAUGUCCAUUUGGAGAACCCAGAGUACCACACCAGAUGGUACUUCAAAUACUUUCUGGGAAAAGUUCACCAGAACUAUGUGGGGACGGAUGCGGAGAAGAACCCUUUCUUCCUGUCUGUGGUUCUGUCGGACCAGAACAACCAGAGGAUCCCACAAUACCGAGCCAUCCUCUGGCGCAAGACGGGUACUCUAAAAAUCAGCCUUCCAUACAGUCCAACAAAAACACUAUCAGUCAAAUCUAUAUUAAGUGCCAUGAAUGUGGAUCGUUUCGAAAAGGGCCCGAGGGAGAUCCUUAAUCCAGAGAUUCAGAAGGACUUACUGGUGCUGGAGGAACAAGAGGGCAGCGUAAACUUUAAAUUUGGUGUUCUUUAUGCCAAAGAUGGACAGUUGACAGAUGAUGAAAUGUUCAGCAACGAAACAGGAAGUGAGACCUUUGACAAAUUUCUGAAUCUCCUUGGCGACACAAUCUGUCUGCAGGGCUGGGCAGGGUAUCGAGGAGGACUGGACACUAAAAAUGACACUACAGGAAUGAAUUCCAUCUACACAGUCUAUCAGGGUCAUGAGCUCAUGUUCCAUGUUUCCACCAUGUUACCUUAUUCUAAAGAGAACAAGCAACAGGUAGAGAGGAAGAGACACAUAGGGAACGACAUUGUGACCAUCGUGUUUCAGGAGGGAGAUGACGCCUCUCCAUCCUUUAAACCCUCGAUGAUUCGCUCCCAUUUUACACAUAUUUUUGCCUUAGUUAGAUAUAAUAGCCAGAAUGAUAGUUACAGGUUGAAGAUUUUCUCAGAGGAGAGUGUGCCGUUAUUUGGCCCACCCCUCCCUUCCCCUCCAGUGUUCACAGAUCACCAGGAGUUCAGGGACUUUCUACUAGUUAAAUUAAUAAAUGGAGAAAAAGCCACUCUUGAGACCCCCACUUUUGCUCAGAAACGUCAGCGUACGCUGGACAUGCUGAUCAGAUCCCUGUACCAGGAUCUCAUGCCUGACAUGCACAAGGUUCCCUUCUCUCCGCAGAACAUGCUGAACCGACGCUCAUUCAGUGAUGUACUGCCAGAGUCGCCCAAAUCGGCCCGUAAAAAAGAGGAGGCACGUCAGGCCGAGUUUGUACGGGUGGGACAGGCCCUGAAGCUGAAAACUAUAGUUAGAGGUGAUGCACCCACCAGUCUAGUCACUACUGGCCUUUGCAGGAAAGAGCCAUGGGAGUCACAGUCGUUCUGCAGCAGCUUCCCAUAUGAAAUAGUCUGUGGAGACUCAUGGGGACAGUCAUUACUGGUCGCCACAGAUUCAGCAGGGGUCAUGCUGCUGGAGGCCUCAGAUCCACUGUUCUCCAAUGCAGAUUCACCAACCCUGCCUCCGGUGCAGGUAUUUGACAAGACCUUGACAGUCAAACAAUUGCACGUUCUUGAACCUCAGGACCUCCUCGUUGCAAGAGCAGACAAGGGGAAAGACGCUCGACUGUAUGUUUACAGACUGAGUACUCUCAAACGAGGGAUAGAGGAGAGGCAGCUUGUCCGUACCAAGUAUGACAGUCGGGAGAACAAGCUUGAGAAAACCAAAGGUUGCCAUCUCUACUCCAUAAACACACAUCAUGGGGUAGAGCUUAGAGUCGUUGCGGCGAUAAGAAACAAGCUUCUUCUGAUCACCAGGAAACAGUCACGCCUCGAUUGCCUCAGCUCUAUCGCUACUGUCACAGGGGCUACUGACUCACCUGUGGAAGAGUUCCAAUACAUACGGGAGAUCUGCUUAUGUGACUCCCCGGUGAUCAUGGCUCUGGUUGACGGCCCAACUGGAGAGAAUGACCACAUGAUCUGCGUGGCCUACAGACAUCAGUUUGACCUGAUCAAUGAGAGCACAGGAGAUGCCUACAGACUACACCAUGUAGAGUCCAACCGGGUGAACUUUGUUGCUGCCAUAGAUGUGUAUGAAGAUGGAGAGGCUGGACUUCUUCUUUGCUAUAACAAUAUUUGCGUAUAUAAGAAGGUGUGUCCGUUUAACGGAGCCACACCUAUGAUUCAGCCCAACUCUUCAGACUUCCAUUUCAGCUGGAACCAAAUGCCCAAUGCUAUUGUGUGUGCGUUCCCAUAUAUCCUCGCAUUCACCACCGACUCCAUAGAGAUCCGGCUAGUUGUUAAUGGCAACCUAGUAUAUACAGCUGUCGUUCCAGAAUUGCAACUGACUGCGUCCAGAUCUGAUAUCUAUUUCAUCUCGUCAGCACCUAUAAACUCUGCCUCUAACUGUAGCUCCAGGGACACUAGUUCCCAGAGUUCCCCUCAGACUCCCACCGGCUAUGAGAUGCCAGUCUUCCCUUCACCGCUUGGAGAUGAUUGUAUUCGGAUCCCCUACGGCACCAAGCUAUCCCUCUACAUGUCUAAAGACUCUGAAGGUGAAGCUCCCUCAAAACACAUCUAUAAGAUUCCGUUGAGUAACCUAGUUGGACGGAGCAUAGAGAGGCCCCUCAAGUCUCCGUUGGUUAAUAAAGUGCUCACAGCACCCGUCCCAAGUGUAAUCGGCCCCGCUCCCAUGAUCGCAAGCACAACCUCGCUCUCGCUGUCUCGCAUGGAGAUCAAAGAGAUCGCCAGCCGCACACGGAAAGAACUGCUGGGUUUAACUGAGGAACCCAGCAGUAAGGCAGAUGGUAACUCAGUGAAACAGAGAAGAAUAAGCAAAAAGAACAAGGAGGAAGAGCAGAGGAGAACAGCGGAGAUCAGCACCACUGACCAAGUGGGAAUGGAGUCUGUAGAGGGAGAAACUGACGUCCAGAGGAUUUGCUCAUCUGGCUCUGAGGUGGAGCCACGAGAAGAUAGCCCACCCACAGCCAGCCCUUUUACCAUAUCCACAUCUUUUGAGGAGGAUAUUUUGGACCUUAAGUGAUGACAAUCACAGUCUGUGGAUUAGUCAGUGCACCUCUCACCUUACAAAUCCUCUAACCUUUAUUUUAUAUCAUUCUUUUUUAUCAUGUUACAUUGAAUUUUGUGUUUUUCUUAGUCUGCUUACUUAUUUGUGUGUGCAAAUGAAUCCCCAGAGCUUUAAACUAAAAUGAGUUUACAGUAUGGUGAUGUCAAAAUUCACUCCUAGUGGAUGUGUGGAUGUGUGUGUGUGUGUGUGUGUGUGUGUGUGUGUGUGUGUGAGAGAGAGAGAGAGAGAGAGAGAGAGAGAGAGAGAGAGAGAGAGAGAGAGAGAGAGAGAGAGAGAGAUCCUGUUUACUCUAAAAGAAAUAUAGAAAUACAACAAAAAAUGGGAUUAUCUGCGAUCAUUUCAGAAUUCUGCUCAAAGAAAAACUGACCAAAAAUGUUACAAAACCCCCAAGAUGCUGAGUUAGUCAAAGUUUGAUUUAGUGUCUGAUUGAUGAGACACAUUCUCCAUCAGCUUUGGGACAAAUAUGUAGCUUUGUAGCAAACCUGAAGCCAUAUGAACAGAAAUAGAACAUUUAAAGAAUUUUGGCGUGAAAGGUUAGAGACAAAAUCUAAAGUCAAGACAAAAUAAUAUAACUUUUCACUCGAAGACCUGAUUGUAAGAUUGACGCUCCUAAAAACAAUGACACUUAUUUUUUAACUCUUUAUUUUGUGUUUUUAACUGUUUUCUAUGUUUGUGAUUUGUACAUUGUGUGAUUAUAGAUUAUAAAAAACGAUAUAUGCAUCUCGGACCAGAUGCACAUGAACAUAAAUAUCUAUAUAUAUAUAAAUAGAUAUACCUUUCUCGUUCUGUUGUAUUAUGGAGAAAUAAAACUCACUUCUUGUGUAUAUGAAUGUUAUGGUCUAACCCAGUGGUUCUCAAACUUUUUUCGUUGUGCCCCCUUAAUUCUUUAAAGAAAUCUGUGUCAUUGCAGUUCGAUGCCGCUUUAUAAAGGCACUUGAAUGUUGUUGCAACGGCUGUUUUUUUUUUGUUUUUGUUUUUUUUCUGCUGAUUUCCCCCUGCUUGGUGGGCCCGUCCCACACUUUGAGAACCACUGGUCUAGCCUGCCUUCACCCUUACCAUGCUUUUAAACCCUGACACGCAAACCCUUGGCAGAAACGGCAGGAGUCUCCCACAAGUGCCAUUUUCUACUGCACACAUAAACCACUAGCACCCUCUAUCAGACUAACCAUGAAUUACAUUGCAUGAGGCAGAAGCCAACGAAAUUCAUUAAAGAACACAGUUUGGUCACAGCUGGUAAAUUUGCAGCUGUUUACUAUGCCAACAAAAGCAUCUGCAUUUACAGGUACACAGAAAAGGGCUCUGGAUCACCUGCAUGCCUCCCUUCAAUCCCACUACAAAAAUAUAAGGGAAUUGAUGUAUCAAUGGUUUAGAAAUAGGAUGUAUUAUCUUUAUAUUUCUCAUGAAUUUGGUACAAAUUGAAAGAAACUGCCUGGAAUUCAAGCCAGGGUCACUUAGACUAAAGCUCAGACUCUGGGUUACUCCGCAAAAAUGAUAUAUACAUACAUACAUUUUAAGGAUGUUUAGAUAUUUUGACUGAAGAACAAUACAAAUAUCAGAAAAAAAUAUUAUUGCUGUUUAAUAAGAGAAUACCGAUUCUGCUGUUUACAGUUCAAACUCAGAAAUGUUUAAGAUUGUCAACAAAGUGACACCAGAACACAAGAGCCUCAGGAACAGCACAAGAGGAGGAGUGUUAAACUGCUUAGCUGAAUGCAUGCAUGCCCCCAACCCCCUCACACGCCAUACACACCUCAACCUUUCUUCAUCCGAAUGUGAACCUCUCACCACUAGAAGCAUUCUGAACUAAAAAGGGAAAACUUGGAAAUAUUUUUGUAAAUGAUAAGUUUUACAUAUGAUGUAUUAGCUUUUAGUUGUUCUUUGAGGGGAAUAGAGUGAGCUAGAGACUGAUGGAAUAUAUUUUUCUCUUUUUUUUUGUCCUUUGGCAUACUGUUGUCUUUCCCCUUCCCUCUGUUCACUCUCCUAACUCUUUUCGCAGUGGUUUUGUAUCUAUAUCAAUAUUAACUGUUUAGACUGUUGCAGAAACUCUGUGAUAUCGGAAAAUAAACAAAAAUGCAUAUAAAAAACACCAAGUGUCUUAAAAUAUUGUAUUGCCAUUGUUUUUAAUGCCAAGUACUACUUGUAAAUGUUUGUGUUUCAGAUGUGGCCUCAAGCAUAUUAUUAUUAUUAUAGCAUUUAUUUGAAAAAGUGCUGUAGCCCACUGCUGUAGUUAAUAUUGUUCAUUGAAAUUAAAUAAAUAUUUAUGAAAUUUGA